GAACCCGACAGGCCGCCAACGAACAGUCCAUGAUAAUCGUUAAUUCAUAGAUGUGGUUUUUACUGCUGUGUGCGCUUGUGCCCUGGGCGCGGGGUAUUGAAUAUUACGAUGACGAUAAUGAACACAUAAAGAUGCUCAAACACAAGCUCAAAUUGUUGAGUUCCAAGGAAGAGUUACUGAUAGAAGACGACAGUGGAGAAAUAAUUAGUUUGAAUUCAGACGAUAACUCAGUCAAGGUAAAGGAUUAUGGCGAUGGGAGGCUAGAAUUGUGCUUGCCUAGUCUCGGGAGAGAGUACUGCGUCACUGUAGAUAAGAAGCAACACCCACGGCAUGAGAAAUCGGAGAUUAAAGGAAAACUAGAACUGGUGGAAUGCAUUCUGAAAAACAUUGCCGUCGGGUGGCGAUCCGCAGCGACACUUUGUUGGGACAGCCGGACAAGGCGGGAUUAUCCUCGAACUUUUCGGCUUAAGCCUAUGAGUGAAACCAUAGCAAGCGUGGAGUGAAAUAAAAUGUAAAUCAUUAAUAAAA